CGGGUCACGUGAGCGCGGCGGUCACGUGACGGCGCGAUGGGCACRGCGCUGGACGUGCGGGUGAAGCGCGCCGGGAAGGUUUAUCGCGAUGGGGAAAUUCUUUCUGGAGUGGUGGUCAUAACAAGCAAGGAUGCGGUGCAGCACCAAGGGAUCUCCUUAACCAUGGAAGGAUCAGUAAAUCUGCAGCUCAGUGCCAAAAAUGUGGGUGUGUUUGAGGCCUUCUGCAACACUGCCAAGCCUAUCCAGAUCAUCAACAGCACCAUUGAAAUGGUGAAACCAGGGAAGCUCCCCAGUGGCAAGACAGAAAUUCCCUUUGAAUUCCCACUGCAAAUGAAGGGGAACAAAGUUCUGUAYGAGACCUAUCAUGGAGUCUUUGUCAACAUCCAGUACACCCUGCGCUGUGACAUGAGACGCUCCCUGCUGGCAAAGGACCUGACCAAGACCUGUGAAUUCAUCGUCCACUCCCUGUCACAGAAAGGGAAGCUGCUGCCGAGCCCUGUGGACUUCACCAUUACCCCUGAAACUUUGCAGAACGUUAAAGAGAGAGCCUCCCUUCCCAAAUUCCUGAUCCGAGGGCACCUGAAUUCCACCAACUGCGUGAUCACGCAGCCCCUGACGGGCGAGCUGGUGGUGGAGAGCGCCGAGGCGGCCRUCAAGAGCAUCGAGCUGCAGCUCGUGCGUGUGGAGACCUGUGGGUGUGCUGAAGGCUAYGCCAGGGAUGCCACAGAGAUCCAGAACAUCCAGAUCGCCGACGGCGACGUCUGCAGGGGCCUCCCCAUCCCCAUCCACAUGGUGUUCCCCAGGCUCUUCACCUGCCCCACCCUGGAAACAACCAACUUCAAAGUGGAGUUUGAAGUGAACAUCGUGGUCCUUCUGCACGACGAUCACCUGAUCACAGAGAACUUCCCACUGAAGCUCUGCAGGAUGUGAACACCCCAGGAGAUUCAGGGCAGGAUUUACUGGGCAAGGCCAGAAUUCCUCAGAGGGAAAGUGGAGCUUUAUCCAUGGAACCACCUUGCUUCCUUCUUCCUGUGGAUACUUCUGCUUUCAUUGCCUGUUAAUCUGGCCAAGACUUUGCCUGUCUGGAUKUCCCAAUCCAGCAGCUUUGGCAGGCAUCUUUCUGCCUUCAACAACCAUGUUUUCCCCAAUUUUUCUCAGGCAAAUCCUGAAGGAAUCAUUCUGUAGCUUUCUACAGCUUGGAUAAGUAUGUAGCAAGUUCUUCUCCUGGUUUAAUUUUGUAAUACUUGUUACAAAGUCCUUUGAAGACCCUGUAAAACUCGAAAAUCCCAUUUUAGCCAUGCUGGGAGGACAUGGGAAUUGUAAAAUAGUGAGAAAUGGGGUCUUUGAAGGUCUAGAAAAUGGUGCUACGACACUGGAAGGUGGUGCUGUGGGAUCUGUCCCAAGCUGGAUGGGAAAGGAGAGAUAAAAUCACCCCAAGGAAAUUUGGGUCAAACUGGGAACAGGAAUUUGUGUUGGAGGAAUAAAUUGAUGUGUUUGUARCUGUUCAGCUCAAAGGAGAAGUGGUUCAGUAAGAAACAACCUUCCCACUACAAAAAAAGUUGUGGAUUCUGAUGUUUUAAUGGAACAGCCACAACCUGUGGAUUUUCCAUUGAUUUUCCAUGUGGGGUAGAGGCAGGCUCAGUCUGUACCAUGGAAAUCCCAAGUGUAAAGAUGAGCAUCUAAAAAUAAUUAAGAAAAACAAGAAAAAUAAUUUCUUUUGGUUUAUCCAGCAGCGUGGCCAUGGAGAGUGUAAUUCCAGUUCUGGCCCUGGUGUUUUAGGGAGAAACAGCUGGAAUUUUUAUUCCAAAGUCUGGGAAGGAGGGAAAUGCUCUUUACUGAAACUUUUAGCACUUUUCUCUGAGAGCAGGGGAUGCUGCAGGGGAAUUUGGGAAAGUGAAGCCACUCCUGCUCCAAAAGCAUCAGGAGCUGCCACUUCCUGCAAACUGUAAAAGAUCCAAAUAUUGGAAUUUUUAGCCUUAAUUCUGUAGCCCAGAGUAGUUACUCACUCCUAACUCAGACUGAGCAGAAAUACUACACAAAACCAACUCGUUGGGCUGCAACAGUGAUUUUAUUUUUGAUUCAGGUGGUAAUUAAUACAUUGCUUAAUGACAGAGGAGUUUCAGACUUCAGCUGGAGGAUUGAGCAGCGUGGGGAACAAGGGAUCCCUGGAAUCAACGAACACCUAAUCCAUCUCAUGCUCCCUGUAUUCACACAACAGGAAUACUUGAUUUUCACUUCCAGAUUCUCAGGCUCUGGUCCUCUUUUUUUUGGCUGUUGGAGACAAAUUUGUCAGUGUUGAAGGUGCUCUGGUCUGUUCAGACUCCAAAAGCGGUUGGGAGAAAAAUUCCCUGAGCUGUUGGAAUUCUGCCCCUCCUGCUACUGGUGCCCAUUCCUGCACAAAAUACACAGGAAGUGGUACUUAAAAAUCCUUUAAAAAUCCUUAAAAAAAUYCUUCCCAUUUAAACAGACCAGCUCUUCACCAAGGGGGCAAACUCAAAUUUCAACCUUUAGUCAAGAAUGAUCCAUAUAAAUAAUUUCAAAUUCUCGCUUCAAAAUGUUCCUAGAAGUCAUUAUUUAAACAAUUUGGAUUACGAGCUGUGGAUUUAUGCAGAGAGAGAAGCUGCAAGGACCRCUCCAUGCUCGAAUCCUGCAGUUCAGCUGGAAUUUUUAUGCCAAAGGAAGGGAAUGUCGUGGCUGUUCCAAUCUGGUCCAUCCUUUGGCUCACCUAUUUGUUGGAUAUUGGAAUAAAUCUGAGGGAAAARCCUCCUCUUCCCAGGAAUAGGCACUGGCCUUUCAGAUAAAAUAAUUUGGUACUUUCAGUGUCUCUCAGUCAAAAAACCACUGGUUUUGUGUGCUGAACUCCACAGCUUUAGGCAGGAACCAGGAGAAAUCUUGGAUCUUGGGAGUCUGGGGCUCAAUAUCAAGUGCUGAGGAUGUUCCCACUCCCAACAAACCCAGGACUGUCCUGUCCCCCAGCACUGGGGUGAUGCUGCUGCAGCCUCUUUCCAUCUUUGAUUAUAAAGUGUGCGAGUCAAAGCAGGUUCAGCUGGACUUGUUCCAUGCAGGAAGCUCAGGGAAAUCCUCGGGAAGGAGGGCGUGGACCCGGCAGAUGGGGCAGGUGCUGGAAUGCUGCUUGAGCCACGUCCGGAUGCACUGCAGGGACAGGGACAGGGUGAGAGGGGAAAUGGGAGAAGAGGAAUCCAGCUGGAGCCUCUCAGUCAUUGCCACUAAUGGGGGAACCCUUCAGCAAGUUCUGCAUCACUGAAAUUUGGGGCUGGAAAACUCUUCCCCUGCUCUGAUCAAAUUUAUUCUGCGAGAACAGAUCAGCAUUAAAACGAGAAGGGUAAAGGGUUUAGUCACAGACAGAAAGGUGGAGUUACUGUACCAGAAUCCCGCCUUUUUUACCCCAGGAAUUUCCACUGUCAAGUGGCAAAGGKUUUUUAGGGGUGCCCCAUUCCCUGAGCUUGCUGCCAACCAUCCCUGCCCUGCUCAGCGACGUUCAUUCUCUGAAGGAUGAUGAAUUAUGAUUUAACUUAUAAAAACUACCUGAAGCUUUCUGCCACA